AUGGCCCAUGCCCAGUCGAAACCCAAAUGUCGAAAGACUACCCAGACUGGCCCUCGCUCGUCCCCUCAGCCGAUCCGCACUACACCACAUUCCUCAGCCGCCAAGCCAGCGCCAAAUGACCCUCCACGCAGUCGUGUUUUGGGUCAUAUGACUCCGUACGCCACUUUGACCGGCCCAUAUUUGUCCCCCACCUCGAUCCACGCCGCACCAGAGUCCACCGUCACCAAGCCGACAACAAACCCCCUCCCAAACACUGAUAACGAUAGCCAUCAAGAAGACACCCCCCGCCCAGCUGAAAAUGCAGCAGACGUAGAAAUCAUCGCCCUUUGUGAUAGCGACGACUCCGAAGUGCAAGCCUUUGAAGCCUUCAAGGCACUUCGAUGUUCGAAGCAGUUUCCGUGCACAAUAGUCCGGCUUUGCGACAACCUCCUCACGCAGACGGAAUACGCCCCAGGACGAUGCAGUGCUAAUGAGCAUUGCCAAAACCAAACCAUUUCCAAGAAACUCUUCCCCCCCACAACAGUUGUUGCUGAUUCAAAGUUGACCCAUGCAUUGCGCGUCGAUGAAGGUGUCCCUCCAGGAACAAAAAUCAUCGAGUACGUGGGUGAACACAUCGGCAAAGAAGAGAAUUGGUACAUCGCGCGUGUGGGCACCAACGGAGACUUGUACGUUGACGCCUCGAAGUUCGACACUAAACCAAGACUCAUGGUGGUUGUGAACACUGCUCUCGAGCAUGGCACUAUAUUGACGCUCUCUUACAUGAACGCGGCGUAG